AUGAGGGAAACUUCAUCGCCGAGAAGAGUCCUCUGCGGCCUGGGGGUCUGUGCCCUUUAUAGUUCAGGUCUAUGGAAGAAACCGCCCAAACUGAAAAAGCUAAGUGAAGAUAGUUUAACUAAGCAGCCUGAAGAAGUCUUUGAUGUUCUGGAGAAACUUGGUGAAGGGUCUUAUGGUAGCGUGUUUAAAGCAAUACACAAAGAGUCUGGACAAGUUGUAGCAAUUAAACAGGUCCCUGUGGAGUCAGAUCUUCAAGAAAUAAUUAAAGAAAUCUCUAUAAUGCAACAGUGUGACAGUCCCUAUGUUGUCAAGUACUAUGGCAGCUAUUUUAAGAACACAGAUCUAUGGAUUGUUAUGGAAUAUUGUGGAGCUGGCUCUGUUUCGGACAUAAUUAGACUUCGUAAUAAAACGCUAACAGAAGAUGAAAUUGCAACUAUUCUGAAAUCUACUCUUAAAGGACUUGAAUACUUGCACUUUAUGAGAAAAAUACAUAGAGAUAUAAAGGCUGGAAACAUCCUUCUUAACACCGAGGGACAUGCAAAAUUAGCUGAUUUUGGUGUGGCUGGCCAGUUAACAGAUACAAUGGCAAAACGUAAUACUGUUAUAGGAACUCCGUUUUGGAUGGCUCCUGAAGUAAUACAAGAGAUUGGCUAUAACUGUGUGGCAGACAUCUGGUCCCUUGGUAUCACUUCAAUAGAAAUGGCUGAAGGAAAACCUCCGUAUGCUGAUAUUCAUCCAAUGAGGGCUAUUUUUAUGAUUCCUACAAAUCCCCCUCCAACCUUCCGGAAGCCAGAGCUCUGGUCUGAUGAAUUCACAGAUUUUGUGAAGAAAUGCUUAGUGAAAAAUCCUGAACAAAGAGCUACAGCAACACAGCUGCUACAGCAUACAUUUAUUAAGAAUGCCAAGCCGGUUUCAAUUUUAAGGGACCUGAUCACUGAAGCUAUGGAGAUAAAGGCAAAGCGACAUGAGGAACAGCAGAGAGAACUAGAAGAGGAGGAAGAAAAUUCGGAUGAAGAUGAGCUGGACUCUCAUACCAUGGUGAAGACCAGUUCGGAGAGUGCUGGUACCAUGAGGGCCACAAGCACGAUGAGUGAAGGCGCUCAGACAAUGAUUGAACACAACAGUACUAUGUUAGAAUCGGACUUGGGGACCAUGGUAAUAAAUAGCGAUGAUGAUGAAGAGGAAGAUGGGACCAUGAAAAGAAAUGCUACUUCACCGCAAGUUCAAAGACCUUCUUUCAUGGACUACUUUGAUAAACAAGAUUCCAAGAAUAAAAGCCCUGAAAACUGUAAUCAGAGCAUGCAUGAAUCUUACCACAUAUCCAAAAACGUUUUCCCUGAUAACUGGAAAGUCCCUCAAGAUGGAGACUUUGAUUUCUUAAAGAAUCUGAGUUUAGAAGAAUUACAGAUGCGAUUAAAGGCUUUGGACCCUAUGAUGGAACGAGAAAUUGAGGAGCUUCGUCAGAGGUACACCGCAAAGAGGCAACCUAUCCUAGAUGCAAUGGAUGCAAAGAAACGGAGGCAACAAAAUUUCUGAGUUUGUUUUACUUUCAGAUAAUACUAUAAGUCAGUGUGGACACUGGUAACUUUGUAAGUCUGAAGGAAUUCGAUUAUGAGAGUUUUCGAAAACCCAAUCUUUUGAAUUCUCCUUCACAAGCAAUGACAAUUGGAGCAGUGAAAGAACAUACCUAUGCUGUUCUGCAAAGGCAGCGAAACACAUUACCACUUGUUUAUAUUUUCCAAUGUUUAAUGUAAUAGCAGUUUAAUCUGUUACUUCCCAGUCUCUUUCAGGUGUAUAGUGGUAACUUGGUGUUGUACACUAGGAGUUGUGUUUUGGAGCACCUGGAAUGAUUUCUUGAUUGUGCAACACUACAGAGCCUUAUGUUGCAAUAUAUUUUCCUCCCACUUAGUAGCAUAUUUAUUAUGUAAUCUUUGGUAAUCCUAUUUAUUUUAUGCCUGUUUUCUUUUUUAUUAGGAAGUACUAGGAUAAUAUUGUGGAGAGCAGAGCCAGAUUAGAUAAAAUUGGUAUUGUAGUGUAACGAAAAGAAGCUCACCACUGUAUUAUCUUUUCAAACUCCAAUUUCAGCAGGCAUCCCAAUUCAGGGCAGCACUUGAACAUGGAUCCAGCCCAUUCAUAUCAGUAGGAUUUAAGCAUACAAUAAGUAAUAGGCACAUGUUUUUCUGCUGUCCUGAACCAGGGACUGUGGCUGUAGUUGAGCAAUAAAGUUGUUACGCUACGCUACAGAGCAUUCUUUUAGAGAGUAUUUCUAUCAUUUUUACACACACUGAAUUAUCUCUCAUUAAACAAGAAAACAAGUGCCUAAUCAGUUUUGAUUUUUCUGUUAUUCAGGAGAAGCAAUACUUGCAGUCACUCCUUCAGUGUAAAUUUCCAAUUGCUAUAGAGGUAUAAACCUCUAUUUUUGCACCGUAGUUUUAUAAUGAAGUAACAGCUACACUUUCUAGAUAUGUUUUUUGUUUCAUUUAAUUUUUUAUCACCGUUUUGAGGGGAGAGGGGAGUUAUUAGUGGUUUGGGUUUGGUUUGAUUUGGUUUCACAUUAUAGAUACGAAGGGAUAGUAAUUUAAAAGCCAAAGAAAAUCAAUUGAAUACUUACAUAUAAUAAGUACUGAAAAGAAGCAACGUUUUGCAGUCCUCUGAGGGUUUUGUCCUGCAAUUGCUAAACAUUCAAAAUUCCUGUGGUCUUCCGUGGUAGAUUUUGGGGGAAUCAGAAAUGCAGGACCAAGCUCUUAAUAUCUUUUUACAAGUUGUUCUGUCUGGUUUAUAUUGUGGGAUAUCUAGUAGGUAGAAUUUACAACAUUGCAAGAAAUAUUUCAGACUUAGCAGAAAAUGUGAUCCACUUUUUGAACAAUCUACUGUGUUCUCUGUUGAUAUCUUUACUAUUGUUGCCUUUUGUGUAAAUAACUUUACUGUGAUAGUCAUACUUCUUUAAACAAUACAGCUGAAAAGAUCUUUACAUUCAACCUUCAGCUGUUAAACUUUUAAUGGUGACUACUGUAUGGGCAUCUUCUGUUAAAUGUUUUCUGGAAGUUAGUAAUCAUCUCAUACCUCUUAACAUUUACCGUCAUCAUAUGUGGACCAUUUAGAUGGAACAGUGCAGAUUUUGGAAAUGGUGCAUUAUAUCAUAAAGCU